UUCCACCCAUCUUGGCAUCGCAGUAUAUAUGUGUGUUCGAGCGCACCACCACAAUCACGACACCGGCACCAAUCUGCCAUCCUCUCCAUCACGAAGAUGGCGUUCAUCAGCAAUGUCGCAGUGAAGGCGGCGGGCGUGGCCGCGCUGCUUGUGGUCGCAGUGGUGUCGCCUGCCGCGCGCGCGGCGGCGGUGGCGGUGGCGGGAGGGGCGCCGUCGGUUCCGGCGGGUCCGCUGGACAUCGCGCAGCUGGGCGCCAAGGGCGACGGCAAGUCGGACAGCACCCCGAUGAUCCUCAAGGCGUGGAAGAACGCGUGCGAGGCGACGGGGGUACAGAAGAUCGUCAUCCCGCCGGGCAACUACCUGACGGGCGGGCUGGAGCUGAAGGGCCCCUGCAAGUCCUCCAUCAUCAUCCGUCUCGACGGCAACCUGCUCGGCACCGGCGACCUCAGCGCGUACCAAAGGAACUGGAUCGAGAUCGAGAACGUCGAGAACCUGUCCAUCAACGGCCACGGCACCAUCGACGGGCAGGGAGCCCUGGUGUGGAGCAAGAACCAGUGCCAGCAUUCUUACAAUUGCAAGAUCCUCCCGAAUAGCUUGGUGCUGGAUUUUGUGACGAACGUCCAGAUCCGCGGCAUCACGCUGCUCAACAGCAAGUUCUUCCACCUCAACAUCUUCGAGUGCAAGAACGUGCUGAUCGACAAAGUGACGGUCAAGGCCCCCGGCGACAGCCCCAACACGGACGGCAUCCACAUCGGCGACUCCAGCAACGUGACCAUCAGCAGCACCACCAUCGGCGUCGGCGACGACUGCAUCUCCAUCGGCCCCGGGAGCAAGAUGAUCCGCAUCCAUGGCGUCAAGUGCGGCCCAGGCCACGGCAUCAGCGUCGGCAGCCUGGGGCGCUACAAGGACGAGAAGGACGUGGAAGACGUGCAGGUGACGGGGUGCACGAUCGCCGGCACCACGAACGGCCUGCGCAUCAAGUCGUACGAGGACUCCAAGUCGUCGCUCAAGGCCAGCAAGUUCCUGUACGAGGGCAUCACCAUGGACAAUGUCUCCUACCCCAUCAUCAUCGACCAGAAGUACUGCCCCAACAACAUCUGCGUCAAGUCCGGCGCCUCCAAGGUGGCCGUCAACGACGUCGUCUUCAAGAACAUCCACGGCACCUCCAACACGCCGGAGGCCAUCACGCUCAACUGCGCCAACAACCUGCCAUGCCAGGGCGUGCAGCUCGUCAACGUCGACAUCAAGUACAAUGGAUCCGGCAACAAGACCAUGGCCGUCUGCAAGAACGCCAUCGGCAAGUCCAUCGGCUUGGCAAAGGAGCUCGCCUGCAUCUGAACCAAUUGACUAACAUGCAUAUAUUAUAUACUAGGUAUAUGCCCGUGCAUUGCAACGGAAAACACUUGUGUAUACACAGGUCAUUUUUUAGUAAUGCUAUCAAGAAUCAACUCAUAAAUCAUAACAAAUGUCGAAGUCUAUCAUUUGAAACAACCAAAAUUUGACUCAAUGCCAUUAUUAAUCGAAAUAGACAAAUCCUAGGUUGAUAAUAUAGGAUAUGAUGAUGUACCAUGGCCUUCAUAGAACAAUUUUGUAUUGUAGGGUGAAAAAUUAUAAAAAGCUAUAUUCUAAGCAUAUUGAAAGGGAUGGUGAGUUGUGAUUAUCAAAAUUCAUGUUCAACUCAA